AUGUCGGCAGUUGACGGCAACUGGAAACCUACGGCAUUGUUAUCAAUUCCUACCCCUGGUACCGAUAGCCUCUCAUCAAACUCCUUCCGUCGUGAACUGAACCACUCUCUUGCACAGAAGCACCUGCCCAUGAUGGCCAUUGGGGGAGUUAUAGGGCCGGGGUAUUUUGUGGGCAUGGGUACCGGGUUGUCGACUGCAGGGCUUGCAGGAACUCUAAUUGUUUUGGUGUAUCUCUCGGUGAACUCGGGUCAUUUUAUUGCUAUUUCUUGGUCUUUCACUUAUUACACUGCGCGGUUUGUUGAUCCGGCCUGGGGAUUCGCUCUCGGAUGGAACUACUCUCUGUUGUGGGCUGGUAUUAUUAUAGCGGAAAGCCGGAAUAUUACCUCUUUCAGCCCGGCCACUUCACAAACUAUUUCGGCUAACGUGGCCGGUGGCCAAAAGAUCGGCUUCAGAUACUACCACGACCCAGGCGCAUUCGCCGACGGCAUCAAAGGAGUCUUCAAGAUAUUCGUCUUUGCCGGCCUCCAGUAUAGAAGCACAGGAAUGAUGGGACUCACAGCAGGCGAAUCGCAGAACCCAAGCCGAAACGCGCCUAAAGCCGCGGCAUCUUUUUUCCUUACUAUCGCCGUACCUUACAGUGAUUCUAUUCUGCUGAAUGGAAGCAAUAAGACUGCUCAGUCGCCGUCUGUCAUUACCUUUACACGAGCAGGGUUCCUGUAUACGACGAAUAACGGCGUCCGAAUUGUUGCGCUGGUUUUCUUUAACCUCAUUGGGUUCCUGUCGCUGCUUAGCUUGUCGUCUGGGGGUGGGAAGGUGUAUACCUGGAUUACCUCCCGGACGGGUGUUUCUACCCUUAUUACAUGGAGUUUAAUUUGCCUCUGCCACAUCCGCGUCCGUCGGGCAAUGCAACUACAGAAUGGAAGGACGACAUUUGCCCCCUGGGAUAUUGAGAGCUUCUUCACGAACUAUGUUAUUAUCAUUGUGUUUGUCAUGUUGGCGGUCUUUUGGAAGCUUUGGAAUUGGACGAAGUGGGUUCAACUUGUGGAAGCAGAUCUCGUCAGUGGGAGGAGGGUUUGGCUUAUGUAG